AUGACCGACUUUGCACCCGCAAGGCCACCGGUUCCAAGGCCUCGCUUCAUCUUCCGGAGGAAAGCUCAGAGCGUCGAGGGCCCACAGCAUUUAGAACGGCGUGUCGAGGUGGGUGGGCUGCUUGCCCCUGGAGUGUCAACAUGCACUGACGGCUCCAGACUGCCAGCUCCAGACAAACUGCACGAAGCUGUCGAAGAUUUCCCGCCAUCCAACUUGAGCAGUGGAUCAGACUCCCUGAGUGACGGAAUGCUUGCGAAGCAUGUCCCGUUCGGGCCAUUCCAAAGGCGGCAGCAGGCCGUGCCAGUACAUCUGGAGGUGGAUGCAGAUGACCAGAUUGCCUCAUCUGACGCAAUGGCAAUGUCAGUAGCUGUCAACGAUCCUCCGUCAUCGGGCAGCAGCAACCGGUCGGGGUUAGCAGAGCUCUCUGCGCCAAGACGGGAGUCACUGCGUGCCAAACUACUCCAGUUGUGGCAGCAAGAGGAGCAAGCUUUGCCAACCUUGGAGUACCUGGAGGACGACGCAGAUGGCGAAUCUUCAUCUGAUGCGAUGGCAUUGCCAGGCGCUGUUGAAGUUCAAGAGCCUCCGACGUCAGUCCCAAGCAACGGGUUGGGGUUGGCAGAGCUCGCUGCAUCAAAAAGCGAUUCAGUGUGGGCCAAACUCGCCCAGUUCUGGCAGGAAGAGGAGCGGGCUGUUCAAGAGCAUCCGGAGUUCAAUGAUCCUCGGUCAUGGGCCCCACUUAGCGGAGCGGGGUUGGCAGAGUUCGUGCUCAAUCCGAUUGUAGAGGGGGACGGAGACGAAGAGAUGCAAGCUCCUCUCGUGAGUCUGCUUAUGCAGGUCGGUUACAUCCCGACAAUCGAGGAGCAAAGCGAGGAUGGACGUGUUUCAGACACCAGCUCGCAGCCAUGUUUGUAA